AUGGAUGUCGAUUUCCAAACCAUACACUGCAAAGAAUUCGAUCAGAAAUGUCUUCUUGUAAAACUCUCUGAUGGAUCUUCCAAGACAUUCAGUUUCAACGUCAAAACCAUGGCAUUCGAACCCAUGUGUUGCUCCGAUUGUGCUCCAACUCAAAUGGACAGCGACUUGACUCCACGUCACACGGAAUGGUGUCCUCAUACCAGAAACACCGUCGUCUUCGCUUAUAAUCAUGUUCUCAAAAUGGAACUCAAGUAUCGUUUCGACUGUGAAUCCGGAAGUUUCCAUGAGAUUGAAUGCAAGGAGUGUCAUCUGAAUCCAGCGAAAAGAACUGAUCCAAAACAAAUAGUUUUGGUUGCAACAUCACCAAAAUCAAAGAGAGCCAUCGUGUUGACAAUGAGCAAAAAAGAAAGAGUUCAAAAGAUGCAGUACGAUGAGAAAGAGAAGAAAUAUGUGGAUAUGGAACCGACUCCAAUCAAAUCUUUAACUUUGAGAUCAGUCGUUGUUCAGGAGAAAGAAACUGAAGAUGUCACUCAAUUUUUGGAGGAUCUCGACUUAAAUGGAAAGAAAGAUGAAGAAGAAGCGCAAGUGAUGGAAAGUGAUCUUAUCGCAAUGUACAAAGAGAAAAGUCGUGUUCUUCCGAAUGAAAUCAUCCUUGUUGCCAAGAAUCGACAUACUGGAGAGUUUGGAACAUAUGUGUUCGAUAGAUACAUUCACCAAUUCCUUCAUGUUAACCUUCCGGAUAUUAAAAUUGAUUCGGAAAGACGCCAGAUUCCUCUUCAACAAUGCAUCGUGUUGACGAUGAGUUCGAAGACUCAAGAAGGAAUUAAUCUUCAACAUAAACCAGGACAAGAAGGAGUUCAGAAGUAUAUGUAUAAUCGCCAAUUGGGAAUUUUCGAAGCGAUGAAAGAAACAUUUGUGAUUCAAAAGGCAACAGACAUUGAUAAAUGGAUCAAGAAGGUCUUUGAGGAAUGCCCUUGCUACACACGAAAAGUUCACGGAAUCGUCGAUUUCUUGAGAAAUGUCAAGCCGUACAUGAUAGAUCAAACAGGUGUUCAACAAAAGAAACCAGAAGUUCAACUAACAGAAACGGCGACAAAGGAGGAAGCGAUCCCAUCGGGUAUCACUUCGACUAGCGGCGUUUCUGUAGAGACCGACUUCUCUGAAGACACCGACAACAGUGAAGACUCGUCCGCCUCCUCGUCAUCCGAUACGGAGACCGACGACUCGGAUUCAUUUGAAAUUAUUUCUAGUGAAGAACUCACUCAAUCAAAAGAGUAA